AUGUCGACCGAUAUUAUAACCAAUGCCCAGAUGGACAAGCUCCGCGAGAAGGAGGUUGCUCAAGUUUGGCAAGUGAUGGAUGAUAUCAAAGCUAAGAAUUGGGAGACUAAUUUCGAAUGGAUGGGUGUUCUUUCCGUAGCACCGGCUUGCAUUCAGCUGUUAGCCAUGUGUGCUGCCGUCGCCGCAAGACCUGAAGCCUCAGGAUUAGAGCUAUAUCAUAAUCCGGACUUUCAAUAUCUCCGAAAGAACGACUCUCUUCAAGGUGCUCUGGUUCAAGUUGGUAACGUUGGUCGAACUGCGUUUGGCAAUGCUUUCGAGCACAUGGAAAAUAUCCACCAGAAAUCUAGUGCCGUCGAGGAUUCGGUUUAUGCUAUUUUUGAGGCACUCUCUAAUCAAAAUACCAACGUAGGAGUAGAGCUAAGGACGCUUACAAAAUUGUCUGAAAAUUGCCUCAAAUCUGCUGAAGGGAUGCUCAAGGACUUUGUGAACUGGGAAGGGAUUGUCAAGGACCUUCAUCAGGCAUGUGAAGACCGAGAUCAGGGAGCCACGCGAGCCAUUUUGGAAAACGAGAAGGAAGCCAUUAUGAAUAAAGCACGCAGAGAGCAUUACGAGAGAGAGGAGGCCCGGAUGAAGUUAGAGCUGGAGAGCAAGAAGGAAGAAGUUGCUGAAUUGAAAGAAAGUCUCGACAGAGAAUUGAGAGAUUUUCCUCGUGGUAUGGAACUUGCAAAGAUGGACAUCUUCAAAAGUCUCGCUGACAGCGUGACUGGACUUUUCACGGCGCUGGGCAACAUUGGGUCGGCAGUCGCGAUGGUCAAAAGCGGUGGCGCCUUUGCCAAUGCUGCCAACGGAAUUCUGGAUUCUGCUAAUCCCUUGAAACAGAAUACAGCAGGAAAAGGUUCAAAAAACACCGAUGACAAGGAUGACACCGAUGACGAGGAUGACACCAAGGCCAAGAGCAGUGUUGGGGACGACAAAGCCCAUCUUCAAGCUGGAUUGAUUAGGAAGGCCCUGGAACAGCUUGAAGGUCUUUUGAAAGGCGACGACAAGGAUGGGAUCCAAUGGAACUUGGUGACUGGCGUGGGAGACAGUGAAAAGGCUGCAGCGCGAGACGGGAGGCAGUGGGAUUUGGUGAUUGUGAAUAAAAUGCUUAACAUGAACAGCGAAAUCUUGAAAAAAUCAAGUGAUAAGAAAAACUCUAAGACAGGAAAGAAAUUGCUUAGUGCAAUUGAUACAGUGGAUCCGGUACUUGACGACCUCGAGAAGUUGGCUAAAACUGCAAAGACGGUGGGCAAGGACUGGGAGCAGCCCACGGAAAAGCAAAUUAAGAAGUGGCUUGAUGUAGUGGAAGAAGGCUUGGCCACUGUCCAGGAGAUUGAAGUCGCCCGGAAAGGAUCCAAACAAGUCUCUCGGCCCGCUAUGUCCCCAGUUAACCUGGCUCUCGCAUCGCCACCUGCCGUAGCAGGACAGAGUGUGAGUCAGCAUGUCGUGUCGGCCCAUCGCUUCUUGGUAGAGACUGCGAGAGAGGGCCACACAACCGCCAAAAUCGCGCUCGAUCAAAUGAAGAAAGACCUUGUAGAACUGCAAUCCAACGUCAGCGAGAUCACAGCCAAGGGGCAGAAUCUUGCCGGAGCAAAGUUGACACUGAAAGAUAUUAAGGAAGUCCUGAACGACUGCAUAGACUACGUCAUAACGUUGAAGGAUCACAUUACGCGCAUGCUGAUCUUUUUCCGCACGUUCAAAACCAGAGUGGACACGGUGAUGAUGUCCCAAAUCGAACCAUUUACAGGGAGGGUCGAGAAUAUCAUCAAUAAUCAUAAAUUGAUGUUCGAUCUCAUCCUUCUGCAAACAAACGCAAUUCAAAUAUGGGCCAGUUUCGAGCAAUUCAAAGAUAUUGCCAAAAUGUACAAGGACAUUUACAACCCUCAUCUGGUCGAUGGUCUUCAUCUCGUCGAUCUCAUGACCCGACUCCCAAAGGGAUCGGAUUUUGCUAGUCAAUUGAACAAGAUCGAGGAUUGGAAGAAGGGUAUUCAAGGCCAAGUAGACCAAAUUGUUGAGAAGCAAAUAUUCGAAGUCAAGAGGAAGCUGAAUGAGGAGGAAAAAGAAUUGCUCGAGAGUCGCUUCAAGUUCCCGGACCCUCCCAAACGACAGCAGCUGGCAAUUCAACAGGGGACCGACGAAGCCAGAAAAGAGAUCAAUUCUAGGAUAGAGGACGUCAACCCAGAGCUAAAAUACAUGGGGAAAACUCACCAAGAUCAAUCUAUCGAGGAGCUUAAGAAGGAUAUCGUGCAGCUUAAAUCGCCUAACGAAUAUGUUGCGUCCAUGCGCCGCCCAAGAAGAAAUUAA